UCAUUCCAUCCUAAUGCUCAUAAACCACCCAGAACAGACGCUCGACACCAUCACCACCUCCACUACAAAACUACAAUCCACCUUCUAGACUAGCUCCAUUUUCAACCGUCACGAUAUACUUGAAUAUAUCUCAAUCUACACAUAACACCCACAAACGAAGUGAAAAGAUACCGAAACAAUGCAAACAACCCACCAAUCCGCCCAACCGGCCCAGCCCCCCAAACAAGCCGGCUACAAUCAGGCCUCCAACCCAGUAACACAGACGCCCUCGGAACAGCGCGCACCGCAGCAUCAGUUCGAGCCCCGGCAGCGCGGGGACCCGAUCUCCUCCAUCACGCGGCGGACCGCCGACUCGCGACCGGCCAACGACGAGGCCCUACACCAGCUGAACGCGGAACGGGAGCAGGAGCGCGAGGCCAUGCACAAGGCGUCGGACGUGGAUCUGGAGUACGGUGUCGAGCAGCAGCCGGCGGAGGGGGAGAUCGCCCACGCCGUGAAGAGUACGUCCGGCCAGGCGAGAGCGCGAGCGCAGGCCGGCGCUCAUGCGGGUACGGUGGGAAGCGCGAACGGUCCGGGGGACCCGGGGUACGAGAAGGGGUUGGCGGCGGAUAUGGAUCGGAAGGCAGAGGAGCAUGAGCGGAUGCUAGGAGAGCGCGUGGGACAGUCACCCGCUGAACCGGACGAUGGGGUGUUGGCUGAGAGGGAGGCGUUGAGGGAGCGCAAGUUGAAGCAGGAUAGUGAGCUAGAUGUCAAGGGGGCGGUUUCGAGGGGCACGGGGGAUCCUGUUGUCGGUUGAUUUCUUUUGCUUUUUCUUUUCUAGCUAUAUGGUUAUUUGUAUAGGACUCAUUGGGAAUUGAAAUAAUGAAC